GUGUGUGUGUGUGUGUGUGUGUGUGUGUGUGUGUGUGUGUGGUGGCGUAGGGACAGACGUGGUUUAGCAGCGGUUGGGACACACAUUUAAAACGAGCACUGACUGCGUAGGUCGAUCUUGUGGCGAGCUUGUAUUGUAUCGUCCACGUGCACUAGAGGAUCCAGACACGAUCCAGCCUGAAAGCUGCACAGCAACAAUGCCAGAGUCCAGAGGCCUGGAAUUCAGGGACAUUUGCAGCAGCUCCGUUGAAUGUAGACCAUCUCUCUUGGGACAGAUUAGCCCAUCAUCGGUGCCGCUGCACAAAAACCACAUUCUCAGUACCUUCUGCAGAGAGGACAAUUUGCAGGAAUGUUUGUCACACAUCAAUCAGGAGGUGUCAUCUCUUGGCCUCCCACCACUUUGGACGGAGUCAAGCGGCAGCCCAGAGGUGAAUGUUAUGACUGUGCUCAAUUGCAUGUAUGACCUGAUUCAUCUCCACCACAAGGGACUCCGGACUCUGGAAAACAUGGAAGUGGAACAGCUGAAGUCCAUAAGCAAUGUGGACUACCUGAAGCUCACCAGCACCCAACUAAAAGAGCAACUUGAACUGUCCAAAAGAGAAAACACAGGACUGCUUGAGAGAGAACGACAGCUGCAUUUGAAAGUGAAGAGUUUGCAGAACUGCCUGAAAAAUGAAAAAGAUGAGGUGCAAAAACUUCAGAACAUAAUUGCCAGCCGGGCCAGCCAGUACAAUCAUGAGAUGAAACGGAAAGAGAGAGAAUUUGACAAAUUGAAGGAGCGCUUGAAUCAACUGUUGGUGGACAAAAAGGAGAAGAAACCAGCCAUUGAUGUAUUAAACAACAUUGGAAGAGCUGAUGGAAAGAGAAGCCUUUGGAAAACUCAGAAAACAGAAGCAAAGCAUGAGGAGGAGAUGUACAAGACUCUCCUGAGUGACUAUGACAGCCGACAAAGGGAGAUGCUGCUGGAAAAUGCAGAGUUAAAGAAAUUGUUACAGCAGAUGGAAAAAGAAAUGCUUUCCAUUCUGAGUUCAAAGAAAUCAACGCUGAAGGAAGACAAAUGUCAAGAUGAUGGUAUUCAGGCUGACCCAGAGGAGGAAGAGGAAGUGUUUGAUUCCAGUAAAGAAAGUGUGGAGCUGUAUUGUGUUCAUUCCCGGGAGAAGCUGACCAACCGCAUUCGCCUCCAGUGGAGAAGAAUAAAGAGCCACGUUGAAAGAUUGGACAGCCAAGCUCAGAUGGGCGCGAACAAAACCGAUGAUGCUGCAUCACAAGAGACUCAUGUGGAGGAGAUGAACAGACUGAAGCUGGAGAUCCAGCAGUGCAAAGACUUCAUUCAAACACAACAGCAGCUCCUGCAGCAGCAGCUGCGCCCUCCGUGUGACGAGGAGGCUACAUCAUUGCUGAGCGACUGCUACAUGCUGCAGGAAAAAGAGUGCUUCAGAGAGGAGGAGAAGUCCCUAGAAGAGCAGAGGAAGUUCCUCGAGAGGGAGAGGGGGAACUUCACUGAAGCAGCUAUAAGGCUUAGCCAUGAGGUGAUUGAUUGAAACAAAUUAUUUCAGAAUUCGUCGGCAAUAUAUAUUAGGCAAUAUGACACUCAGGGUAGGAAAUUUACAAAUUAUUUAGGGGGCGAUUUUUACCCCCCACUGAAAACCAGAUGCAUUUUAUAAGAAAUUGGGGGCAUUUAUUGAAACUUGUGCAUAACAUUCAACCUAAUUGUCAUCAAGUGGCAGAAAUAAGACUAUUAGGCAGUAAUCUACAGAUUCAAAGUGUUUUCUUAGAUUUUUUUAACCAAAACAAGUGGUCUAAAUGUUGCUUGUUAAUGUGUGAGUGUCUACGCUGUUACAUUAUACUGUUCCAGGUCACCUUUUUCUAGAUAUUAUUGAUAACGUAUAUAUUAUCAAUAGGCCGGACACUGGGCUGAUCCCAUUCAUUUAUACCACAACUGUGCUGCAGUUUUAUUUGACUAAAUUACUUCUGUUUUUGAAUUCACUAUUUGAGUCGAAGUACGCUUUUAUGUUAUUCAUAUCUUACUAUCAAUAACUCACUUACCAGACAACAAUCAAUACAUUUUAAAAUAUAUUUGCAGCUAAAACGGAGUCCAGUGCCCCAUCGUCUCCAGAAAAGCUCAUCAUGUGCGGGUCUGACACAACCCCCUCCCAACAGCAGACCUCUAAGGCACACUUUUCCUAAUCCCAGAUAAAAGGUGUUUUUAUCUGACUGUUUUUUUUUGUUGAAAAUGAGAUAAAUGCAUUUGUUUAUUUGUGUUUCUUUAAUAAUUGGCAGGUAUGUCUAAGACCUUGAUCUGAGGCUAGUAUAUUUUUGGCGAUGAGGGUGUGCCAGGGAAGAUGAGAUAUCUUUUAUUGUAGAUGCUGCUGGGCAUUGUUUUAUGUAGAUUCAAUGCUGCUGUUUCCUUGAACACAAGAAACUGGGUUAAAAGUGAAGUAUUUUCCUAUCUUUUAACAUAAAAAUGUGGUUGACAUUGACAUCAGGCCAUUGUAAUGUUAAUAUGAAUGUGGAUUAUUUUUUACCAUGUGUUUAUUUUAGUGGCUUUUUUGGACAAAUGUGAUGUGGUUUAAUUCAUUAUAUAUUCUUAAAGCUUAAGUUUCUUGCCAUUUACCCUUCCAGUAAUGCAUGCAAACUUGCAUACAAUUACAACAAUUGCAAUAACGUAUUGAGAUUUCGCAUGAGAUGCGGUUUAUUAGAAUUAUAUCCAAUAGAUGCACAUUAUUGUAGUUGACUGUUCUUAAUUUAACGAAGAGGACUUGGAAUUUCAAAUAAUAUUCUUUGAUCUGUUAUACAGACAUUUCUUUUAUGGGUUAGCUUCAAGAGAUUUUACUGCACAACUUAUAAAAUAUUUGAAGGCAAAGCUAGCUCAAAUGACACGUUAUUCAUAAUUUCCCAUUAUUUAAACUUACCACAACAAAUUCUUAAAAUGCAAUAAAAUACUAAUUUACAUGUCCCACAUUUUCCUGCAUUAUGUGAUUAAAAAGGUGAAACACAAA